AUGGGUGCAGAAAGUAUUGACAGACUAACGAGACCUGGCCUUGUCCCUGAUUUAGGACAUUCUUUGUACUACAAUACCACCUCUUCUUCCGUUACAUCCAACUCUGCACACGCGGUGGCUACUGAAUGCCACGUUAAAUCAAAAAACACCGAGCUAGAUAUCGCUGUGACCAUAGCGAGAGACAAGCGUAAACGCUGUUUGUCCGGGUCAGGUUAUUCCGACGGUAUUAAUUCUCAAAGCGCUGUGGACGAGUCUGAAGAAGAAACAGUCUUCAAACGCAGUAGGACGUCUCGUGGAUCCGAUUUCAACACAGACACAGCAUCGUCAUCAAAGUCGGUAACGAAGUCCACGAGCAAGUCCGAAUCUCAGGUUGCACCAAUGGACCCCUACAACAUCCCAGACGAUGUUUUCCUCGAAAUAUUUGGUCAUCUUUCCUCGCCAGCCGACCUUGCAGCGAUUGUGCGUGUUUGCAGGCGAUUCAAGGUGCUGGCUUGCAAGCCGCUGCUGCGUAAACUUUUGUGGAUUAGAGAGGAAGCGACGUGGGCCAACUUGCACUGGUGGGAACGUACAGUGGAGGACGAAGCGUCAGAGAACGAGAGCGGGGACAUGAAUCCACUAAUGUUGCCUAGGAAGGUUACCCUUGGUGUUCGCUUUGACUUUGGGAUUGGCUAUUACGGUUUCAAUACAACUCCAGCAAAGAGCCUUUACGACGCUAUCUAUACGCAACUGUCGCUUUUCCCCUCCCUCCACACCCUCUGUCUUCAGAAUACCAUUAUUUCACUGCAUACCUACACCGUUCUCCGGGAUAUACCCACUCUUCGAAACCUCAGAAUUGUCAACUGCACCUACAUCCGGCUUGCAGCAUCAUUUGCAGAACAGAAUGCGGCUGUGGCUGAGCUGACAUCCCAACCAUCUCCUGGGUGCCACCAUUUGAUCACUCCCCGGGCACAAUCGAAAGUGCAAUGGACUGGGUCUCCCACACAGUGGGCAGCCAAUAUGACCAUCCCGCGUUCGUUCCCGUUUGCGAACCUGCCAAUAACGCACCUCAAGCUCCAUUCUCUGCACGACGGCGCGAACAGCCAGCGGCAUGGGCUGCACCCAGUUGGUCUGCUCCUCGCCAGCGGGCUCGAAAAGGCGAAUGUGCUAUGGACAACAGCCGUCGCGGACGCGUGGGCGUUCAUGUGGGACAGUGUGGGUGGGCGCGACAGCGCUGCGGUUGCUGCCGCCGGUAUGCUGCAAAGUAUAAAGGAGCUGAACGUGACGAUCCCCAUGCUGACGCGGGACAUCGUGGACUCGUUCGUCUCGUUUGUCGGGAGCUGCGUGCGCACAGUGAAUGGGCGCAGACGGAGACCCCGUGUCAAGCUUGUGGUGCAGAAGCACAAUUUCUCAGAUCAGCAUAUUAUGGGGGUGGAUAUACCUAUUGGCGGGGUGUUUAGCUAUGUGGGACCCUUGGCGAUUGCAAGGUCGUUUUUGGAUGUCGACGUUGAAAGUGAUAGUGCCCACGGACAGGAUAUGAGGCUGAGGACUGUGGUGAUGACUGAAGCACUGGAGUUGCCUUUAUUAUUAAGGGGACUCGAGCGUCUCCCGCGAAGCAUCCAUUCGCUGGAAGUGAGAGUGAGGACGUGGGACGUGGAGUUGCUAUUUGCUGUGCGGGAGCUAUUCAGGGAUAUCAAAGAGUUGGUGGUUAAAUACGGACGAGGAGAACUGGGUGAAGACUUUCUCGUUACUCUGGGCGCUAACAUACUGUUUGACCUACCGAAUCUCACCACGCUGAAGCUCAUGGUCGAUGCAUCGUGCAUAGUAACGAAACGAAAUAGCUUUUCAAACCCAAACCAAAACACAUACGUCAUUAAUACAGCACCCAAUCCGCAAAAUGUGACAUUCUACAAUCAUCCCAGCGGCGCCAACUUUACGGGUGCGCACUUUGCCCCCGCACCAGGUGCACAAGGCCAAGCAUGGCAUGCACAAAAUUCGGGAGCAGUCCCGUUCGGUGAUAUGAAUGGCGACGAUUUUGACUUCCUCGACGAGGACGGGAACCUUUUGUUCGUCGAUUCAGAUCAUCGUCCAUCCUCCCCCAGUCCGAGUGCAGGUGAAGACUGCUUUGAAUCCGCCUCGUCUCCAGAUAUCAAAGAUUACCUCGUUGGAUGGAAUCGAUACUGCAAACAAUUGAGGUGUGUGCAAUUUUCUGCAGGGAGAAUUUGGGAGAGGAAGUUUGAGGGCGAUCGCUGGCGUGAAAGUAGGGGAUGA